AUGCAAACAAGUCGUCUCAAUGUCGUUAUGGGUGCAAUGACUUUUGGCGCGCCGGAGUCAGGCGCACGCGUUAACAAACUGGAAGAUGUGAAAGCCAUUCUGGACGCUUUUCGAAGUCAUGGCCAUACAGAAAUUGACUCGGCGCGGACUUACUGCGGAGGAACAAGUGAAGAAUACCUUGGUCGCAUUGACUGGAAACAGGAUGGCUUUGCUCUGGAGACCAAACUGGCUCCGCGUGUGGAUAUUACCCACUCUCCUCAGGAUCUCAGGAAGAAUCUUUUACUGUCGUUGAAAGCCUUGAACGCUGACUCAAUUGAGAUGUGGUAUCUCCAUGCUCCAGACCACUCUACCCCUUAUGAGACCACGAUGAAGGCAGUGGACGACUUAUAUAGAGAAGGUUACUUCAAGCGCUUUGGAAUCUCCAAUUACGCAGCGUGGGAGGUCGCAGAGAUCGUCGGCAUUUGCAAGGCUAACGGCUAUAUCCAACCCACCGCGUACCAGGGUAUUUAUAACGUGAUCCAUCGCAAUGUCGAGCCAGAGCUGUUUCCCUGUCUACGGAAAUUCGGCAUCAGCUUCUACGAGUUCAACCCACUGGCGGGAGGAUUCUUCACGGACCGAUACAUGUCUCUCGAUGAUGUGCCAGAGCCGGGAUCGCGGUUUGACCCAACAAGGGUUCAAGGGAAGAAUUAUCGCCAAAGAUACUGGAACGAAUCUUACUUCAAGGCUUUGAGCACGAUUCGUAUGGUAGUCAAAGAGUACAAUCUGACCAUGGCCGAGGUUGCCUUGCGGUGGCUUUCUCAUCAUAGCUUAAUGGCCCGGGAGCACGGAGACUCGAUCAUCAUUGGAGCAUCCAAUCUUACCCAUAUCCAGCAGAAUCUCUUGGACUUGGAAAAGGGACCUCUCCGUGAGACCUCACUUGUUCCAACCACAGUCGGCUCACCAAGCACAGCGAAAGAAGUAUUGACAGUACUCGAUGAGGCAUGGGCAGCAGUGGCUCCUUUGGCAACCGAUUACUUCAAGUAA